CUAUCAAGUCAGUCACAAACCAAAGCCACUCAGAGAGUAAAGAACAGCCAUGUCCCUCAUCUUCCUCCUCCUCAUCUCGGCCGCCGCCACCAUCUCCUCCGUCACCGCCACCGACCAUAUUGUCGGUGCCAACCGCGGCUGGAACCCCGGCAUUAACUACACUCUCUGGGCCAACAACCAUACCUUCUACGUCAACGACCUCAUCUCUUUUAGGUACCAGAAGAAUCAGUACAAUGUGUUCGAAGUGAACCAGACCGGCUACGACAACUGUACAACAGACAGCGCCACCGGAAACUGGAGCUCCGGCAAGGACUUCAUCCUUCUAGAUAAGGCCAAGAGGUACUAUUUCAUAUGUGGAAAUGGGGGUUGCUUCACUGGGAUGAAGGUGUCUGUGCUUGUGCACCCGCUUCCUACGCCGCCAUCGGCCUCCACCACUGCUGCUGAGAUUUCCAAACCGAAUUCGGAGGCGGCGCGUGCUCCGAGGUCUGGAUCAGUGGCGUUUGUGGGUCUGGUGCUUUGGAUUGGUUGGAUCUGGUUGGGAUCUGGCUGGAUCUAGCUGUCUGGGUUUGUUUGGUUUUCUUCUCAAGCACAUUAAAUAUGCUUUUUUUUUUUUUUCUUAAAUUAUGAUUAUUAUUAUUCAGUUUUUUUUGGUGGGUGAGCAUUGAUUGUGAUUCGUUGAAGUUGAUUAAUGUAGUGAUGAACUUGCAAUUGUCUUUUGAUUUUAAUGCAAAUGAACUUAAAAGUGACCUAA